GACAGGUAAGCUCCUGGGCCGGCCUCACAGCUAGGAGCCCGGGAGAAUUUGUCCUCCUUCCGCGCUAUCUGUCCCUGGAAAAAGGGGCCAAGGGCCAUGGCAGCAUCUGCCAGCUGCUUUUCCCCGGUGCUUCUCCUCUGGAUCCUGGUCCUCACGGGUCCAAGCUUCACAGGCGCUCUGGAGUCUGCUCCUAAGGAAAGCAACGUCCCAGAGAAUAACAUCAAUCAGCAGAGCCCAGAGCUGUGGCAGCCCCGGCCCCGGCACCCCAGGAAGCAUGGACUGAACAAGAAGGGCAGGGCCCACGUACCAGACCAAGCCGGCGCCUCCAGGCUGCCAGGGAUGCUCCCUGGUGGAGAGGGCAUGCUGGCUGUCCAGGGCCCGUCCGGCCUGCUGCAGGAUAAGGACGUGUUUCUGGGCUUUGAGUUUCCCUACCCUGAGAGGGACAAUCAGUUUGAAAGAGGGAGGAAACACACCAGAGAGCAGAAGAGGAGGAGGGACAGAGGGAAGCAACAUCGAGGCAGAAGUCUGGAUCCAAAGCCCAGCUCUUUGAUCAAAAAGGUGGAACUCUCUGAGGACCUGGCACCCAAUGGCCCAAUGGAAGAAUCAUCCACUAGCUUGGCCCCCACCAUCCUGUUCUUGACCACAUUUGAGACGGCGGCAUCCACUGAAGAAUCGCCAGUCCUUCCUGUUACAUCCCCACGGCCCCUGGCUUGGAUAAGGCCUGAUGGAGAUGUGAUGCCCACCCUGGACAUGGCUUUGUUUGACUGGACUGAUUAUGAAGACUUAAAACCUGACAUGUGGCCCUCUGCUAAGAAGAAAGAGAAACAUCAGAGUAAAAGCCCAGGCUACGGCAAUGAAACUUCAGCAGCUAGAGAGGAGCCCUGUGACCAUCACCUUGACUGUCUCCCAGGGUCUUGCUGUGACUUACGGGAACAUCUCUGCAAACCUCACAACCGAGGCCUGAAUAAUAAAUGUUUUGAUGAUUGCAUGUGCAUGGAAGGGCUCCGCUGUUAUGCCAAAUUUCACCGUAACCGAAGAGUCACUCGAAGGAAAGGACGAUGUGUAGAGCCAGAGUCCAUUAAUGGGGACCAAGGAUCAUUUCUUAACGUUUAGCGUACCGAGGUGCUGGCCCAGUUUCCCCAUCUGCCUGUGGACCAUGCCCUGGAAGGUUGGGGAAGGGGGCAAAUUAUUUAUAACUAGUGAUGGAAAAAAACAAAAGAGUGGACCAGAUGGUUGUCGGAGGUUCUGAAACUGGACGUCCCAACUAUGAAAAGAGAAUAAAUGGAGAGUGGCAUUUGAGACCCACUGGGCUUAAUGAAGCGUUGGACCGCUCAAUGGCACCAACACAGCCAACCCACUACCCCAGACACUCUUCCUUCAUCUUUUCUCAGCCAUUUACAAUGGAUGGUAACGCUAAGAGUGACCUCUACUGUCGCCAGGCAAUACUGCACCGCCAUAUGGAAGUAAAGGUGAACUGUUGGCAGUAUCUACAGGAGAGGAAGGGAUAACUCAUCAGUUAGCUUCGCUCUGCUGAAAAAGAUGACAAUUUAGUACCAACUUGGGGGAGGGGAGGAUGAAAGGAUGAAAAUUUACUUGCUUUCUGUGUUUUUUGGCUUCUUUGGUGAGAGAGAGGUAGGCAUAUGCCUCAGUGAAGUCUAUGGCUGGGUUAGUAAUAGAAUCUUCUUGCUGUCCUCCUUCUCUAAAUCAGUGUCCCCUCAUCAAAAAGCUCUCCAUAAGUGCUUGUUUGUCUGU